UAGUCUCUCUACCAACCGGAAAUUGGACAAAAUUGAGCUGUUCACUCGCAUCUUGUGAGUUUAUCUUGAGAGAAUACAAAGUUUCGACAGUAUUACGGUCACAGCAUGUCAGACAAAGCGGAUGUUAAUCUAACUGGAGUCAAACAAAGUCAAGGCGUGUGGCUUGUUAAGGUUCCCAAGUAUUUAUCACAGCAAUGGGACAAGGCCACUGAGAAAGGAGAAGUUGGAAAGAUAAGCAUCGCAAAGAAGCAAGGCAAGACAGAGGUAAGUUUCAGCCUGAGUGAGGAGCUGACGGCCCUGGUUGCUGUGGGGGAGAAGGAUGCAUCACUGCAGGUUCCAAGGGAGCAUCCCUUCACUAUGCACACAGUGGGUGGACAGACCAUGGCUGUCUUCAGUCAGAGUGACGCAGAUGAAAUCAGUCUGGAGGGGAUGGUGGUGCACAGAGCUGAAUGCAGACCGGUCGUCAAUGACAACUACAUGAAGCUGAAGAAGCUGCAGAUUAAAGAGUCCACCAAGUCUCCACGUUUGUCGCAGCAGCUGGAGAGAGCCAUCACCACCGUUUUCAAGCCUGUGGCCAACCACGAUUUCAAUGUGCUGCAUGAGAAGAAGAAGAAGUCUGAGGGGAAGAUGGUGCGGGCCGAGCGGCAGGUCGUGUUGGACAUGCUCUUCUCUGCCUUUGAGAAGCACCAAUACUACAACAUUAAAGACUUGGUGGACAUUACCAAACAACCUGUGACCUACCUGAAAGAAAUCAUGAAGGAAAUUGGCACGUACAACAACAAGGGAACUCACAAAAGCACCUGGGAGCUGAAGGCAGAGUACCGACACUACCAGUCUGCUGAGGAAGAGGAGGAGAUGCAGACUGCGUAGCUCCAGCAGGUCCUCCGACCAGGACUGCUCAGUGAUGUUAGUCUCUUCACUCAGGAAGAGCAGAGAUGAGAUAUUUAUUGUCUUCCUGUGUAUAAAUUUCACAAAGGAUAUGCAGGUUGUCACACAUGCAGGUAGUGUGUGAUGUCUUUGAGUUCAUCAUUUUUUUGUAUUUGUUACCUUAAUCACGCCUACACAGCUAUUUCCUGGGGAAUGUUUUUGUUUGGCAUAAUUCAUAAUCAUACAUUUGUUCCUCUGCAUAUUAAUUAACUGUUUGAUUUAGACCAAACUUUACUUUCAACAUGUUUAUGUUUCGACACACAAGACAUGAAGCUCCUGCUGCCUGACGAUGAACUCCAGCAAGACGGUCUUCUUCAUAUUUAUGCCGAUGAAUUAGUUUUCCUUGUGUUCGCUGUCAAAAGUCUGUCCAUGUUGAACUUUCAUACUGAAUAAAUCCUGCGAACCUUGA